AUGAAAAUAUAUUCCCGUUUUAAAUUAAUUUAGAGCUAAACAUAUUUCAGAGUUAUUUAGUCUUAAAUAAUCUUUAGAAAUUUUUACAAACAGCGUUGUUAAAAAACAACUAAGGAAAAUUGAUACGGACUUGAUGAAAAAAAUGGAGGAACAUAAAACCGUUCUGAGCUCAAUCGGUUGGCACAUCUUUAAUUUCAUUUAUUCCAUUUCCAAUGUAAAUACUUAUUUAUUUAUAUAUAUUUUUCUGUUUUAAACUUCCUUUAAAUAGAUCACACUCCCAUUCAAUGUAAAUAUUUUAUUCAUAUUUUCCUAUACUGUAUCAUAUUUCGUAACACUAUUAUUCGCACUGAAGAUGCCAUGUUCGUAAUGUCGAAACAUUUUUGCUACGAAAAAAUCGUCGUUUUUAAUAGAUGCUGUUAUAUGAUAUAGCAAUUUAGCAAUACUGAAUUGCUAAUGUGGAUUUUGUUAUGCGCGACCAGUGGGCUCCCAGUGGUAUUGCCCACUUAUACAACAAAGAAAAAGACCUGGCGAGUUUAAAACUCCGUAUACCUUUGGCGUACAAGGAAUCAUUACGCUUCACUUUUAACACCUAUGAAAGCUAUACCCAGUCUAUUAGCAGAUCAGUUUCUAGUCAACAGGUUGAAAUUUAUGUAACAAUGCACUAUUGGAUUGCUCUACUCCAACUAUUUUGCGUUCUUCCCAUUAUUUCUAAUAACUACCUAGCGGAAAUAAAAAAUCGCCUAGGAAGGCUGUCAUCUCACUUCAUUUUAAGAAAUAUCAGUACUUCCAGCAUGCAUCAUUGUCUUCACAACUGUUUCGAGGAAAGUUCCUGUUUAUCUUUUCAAAUUUGUGGUACAGUCUGUCAACUUCUUUCCACUAACACAAAUGAAAGAUCUUUAGAAGAAGAUGAUCAAUGUAUUUAUUUUACCACGAACAUGUCUAGUAUAAGGUUCAUGUCAAAAUAUUGUACAGAAAGCUUCAAGUUUUCAUCGUAUUGCUUUAAUAAUGGUACGUGUCAAAAAUCAGACGCUCCGUACACUGAGACAUGUAACUUUUGUGAAUGUAAAGAAGGAUUUGUUGGCAAACGCUGUGAAAAGAAAGCAAAAUCUUGUCAAAACUUUCAUGGUCAGUCUGAUGGCUGGUAUACAAUAUUUACAAAUGAAAAUAGAAUGGUUAAAGUUUUCUGUCAGUUUGAUUCCGUGAAUGUUUGGACAUUGGUCACGUCCUAUAGCUUUAAAUUACGUGCUCAAUAUAGAUAUCAACCUUAUUAUAAAAGUUUUUCUCGAAACGAAAAGAAUGAAACAUUGGAAGAUCAUAGACUUUCUUUCAACGCAAUGAUGAGUAUAAAAGAAGACGGAAACACGUUAUGGCGUAUCACGUGCUCAUACGGUGACAAAGACUGGAAUAAAACAGAUUUGGUUGUUGCAACCCAUGAAAAUGCACCAAUUUUGAAACAGAAUAAUAACGGUGCCGUUUGCCUAAAUGUCAGUUUUAUCGAUAUCAAAGGCUACAACUGUAAAGAUUGCAGCAUUCCUUUCUGGCAAGAUGACGCACAAAUUUUUCAUACAGACAAUACCCAACAUGAAACUAUGUGCAAUCUGAAGAAUUUCCAAUCAUCAGUCUGUAGCGGUGGGACAGGAGAAGAUAAUUUUGGAUUUUAUGUUUGCUAUGACACUACACAUCGUUGUGCAUCGUCAGAUAAUGCCACAACACAAUUAUGGUUUGGUCAACGCAUGAAUUCAAACUGAUAAGUACAAUGUACGACUUUUAAGUUAAGCCAAUUAAUAAAAAUUCUAAUCGGACGUUGUUGACAUAAAAGUAUUUACAGCUACUUAUAGAAGAGACAGGCAUUAUUUAAAAUGUUUAGUCAAUCAUGUUAUUAGAGACAAGAAUUCUACUUUGCUAGUGUAAGUUUACUGUAGACAUAAAUAUUGAAUUAAUUAUACGGAUUGAAGAACAAACGAAUGUUGAAAAAAUUGAAAUAAACGAUGGAACAGCUA